CUUCGUCGUGCCCUUACAUGUAUCCAAGGGGUCGUACAACAGGUCAAUUCUUCUAGUCAACUUGGAGUUAUGCUCAAACCGAUCUAUCCGUGUUUUUUUAAGCUGGCAAGAUGUUUACUGGAGAUUAAUUUGGAACAAAGCAAAAUUCUAAUCCAUCCUUCAAUUCGCGAAGGCCUUACGGAAAUGGUGGAAUCAGAAAAACAGCAGAUAUACUGUGGGCAUGGUUCUGUUGGUAAAACUAUUGGAAUGGUCCCUAGUACUCCGAUAGUGGCUGAUAAUGAUGUUGUCGCAGUUGAACGUCAGUACGUGCACGAUCUCAAUGAACAAGUAGUUACAAUAAUCGGAACUGCUGUGACUAAAUUCCCAAAAAUCAUCUUUACCCUGCCACUAAUCAAAGAACUGCUAAAUUGCUUGGUUUCGAACCUUGAUCUCAUUCCAGAAUUCAACCUCCGCCUUUGGAUCAAAAAAGGAUGGAAGUUAAUACUGGAAUACUGCCCUGCUGAGAAUUUUUCAACAUUGAAAAACUUUUUCGAGUGUAUUGCCGAUUCCAUGCAAAAGAGACUAGAGAAAAUGUGGGACAACAUCUCCAGCAAAUAUCACGAUUCUGAACCAACUGAGCAAGAGGUGUUCUAUGAACAUCUGACAUGUGUUGUAUCCCGGGAGUACAUUGACUUUCUACGAGUUUGCUAUCUGUCUUGCGAUAGUGACGCCGGAACAAUUCGAUUGUCACCACUCGGGCGUUGGCUUUUCGUCAGUAAGACAGGAUUAUCUUCAGUCAUAACAACAGCAUUUUCAUCGUUGAACUACCGUGACUCAUUACUAGCAGUGAAAUCUGCACCUCUAUGCAAAGCAUUGGCUGAGGCGUUAAUGGAUUACUACGAUGAUGAAGCUGGGGUGUACAUGUUAGUCUCUACGAUACGAUCGCUACAACUCCAUGGAACAGAUGAAGCAGCUGGCAGUGUGCUCACAACUUUAGUUUUCCACAUAUACUGCGCUCUGGUAUGUUGUGUCCGCAGUGCUCAUCAAGUCACUAGCAUCUAG